AGCCUCGUAUUAGUUGUUUAAAAGAAAUCACUCUGGUAUGGACGUAAAAAUGCGGGUGUAGGACAAUCGAAAACGAAAUAAAAAUUAAAUUAUGAAGAUAGGAUUUGUGACUUUGAAGAAAUUUUUGGAAUAAUUGUUAAAGAAGAGCUAAUAUAGAAUAGUGUUUUUGAUUUUGAAAUUUAAUUUGUAGAAGACGGACGGUGAAGAUUAUAACAUCAAACAGAAAGUGAAAGAAAGAAGAGAAGCAAUAUAAUAAAGCAAAAUGGCGGCUAUCAUUGGCUUACUAUGGCAAGGAUACAAACGAGUAUUCCAGGAUUUACCGGAUCCCAGGACUAAAGACUGGUUCCUAAUUGCCAAACCGUAUCAAACUCUAGCAGUACUUGGUCUCUAUUUGAUGUUCGUUUUAGAAUGGGGACCCAAGUUCAUGAGGAAUCGUCAACCUUAUAACUUAGAUAAAGUUCUAAUCGUGUAUAAUUCAUUUCAAGUCUUAGCUUGUGGAUACGUUUUUAUAAGGGCGUUACAGGUCGCAUGGCUAUGGGACUACAAAUGGAUUUGUGAACCAGUUGACUUCUCGAACGAUCCCAAAGCCGUGGAAGUAACGAAAGUUUGUUAUUACUACUUUUCAUUGAAGAUUAUUGAUCUACUUGAUACGGUAUUUUUCGUGCUUCGCAAGAAAACCAACCAAGUCUCCUUCCUUCACAUAUACCACCACACGGGCAUGUGUGUGCUAAUAUGGGGUGCAGUCACCUAUUUACCAGGUGGCCAUGGAACGCUGAUUGGUGUGAUCAAUUCGUUUGUCCACGUCGUGAUGUAUGCCUACUACUUACUGUCAGUCGUCAUGCCCAGUGUCAAGAACUCUCUGCGGAUUAAGAAACACGUCACCCAAUUGCAAAUUCUACAAUUCUUCUGGUGUGUCGUUCACAUGGCGAUAAUAGUUUUCAAAAGCGACUGCGCCUACCCUAGAUGGACAAGUGCAAUGUUCUUGCCCCAAAACCUGUUCAUGCUUGUUCUUUUCGUCGAUUUCUAUAUCAAGACCUACAUAAUUAAACCAAGGCAACAAAAGAAAGCACAACUGGAAACUGCCAUACUGAAAGACCAAAAUAACAAUAAUGGUAAUCUGAAAGCAGCUAAUGGAAUGAAAAAUGGUAAAGAAAUAAAUAAUGAGAAAAUUUAUGUGAAGAAUGAUUUGAAUAAGGCAGUAAAUGGCAAUGGAACAUCUUAUGAUGGAUUCACUGGAACUGUGAACGGUUGUGAGAAUGGAAAGGGAAACCCCAACUGUGGAAGUGCCAGUUGUAGAGCAAACUGUCAUAAGCAUUUUAAAGGAGAAUAACUAAUUGAUAGCAAUCGAUUCACUAUGUUUAGUUAAGUUUAGUGUAGUAGUUUAAGUUCUGAAUUUAUUAAGUAGGUAUUAUUUACAACAUCGAAACUACAAUAAUAUUCUUAGUGUUAUUGCAAUAAAAUAAUAUUGUUUUAUUUAUCGCCCAUUAC